GGGGCUGUCAUUGGAAUUGAUCUUGGAACAACAAAUUCUUGUGUGGCUGUUAUGGAAGGAAAACAAGCUAAGGUCAUUGAAAACUCGGAAGGUAUCAGAACAACACCCUCAACUGUUGCCUUUACAAAGGAUGGUGAAAGGCUUGUUGGUGCUCCAGCUAAACGGCAGGCUGUUACGAAUUCCCAGAACACCCUCUAUGCAACGAAACGUUUAAUUGGUCGACGAUUCGAUGAUGCUGAUGUACAGAAAGACUUGAAGGUGGUUCCAUUUAAAAUUGUUAAAGCCUCCAAUGGUGAUGCGUGGGUGGAAGCGCAGGGCAAAAUGUAUUCGCCAUCACAGAUUGGUGCUUUUGUUUUAAUGAAGAUGAAAGAAACUGCGGAAAGUUACUUGGGUACAACUGUGCAUAAUGCUGUUAUCACUGUCCCAGCUUACUUCAAUGACUCACAGCGGCAGGCCACAAAAGAUGCCGGCCAGAUUGCAGGACUUAAUGUCCUUCGAGUUAUUAAUGAACCAACUGCUGCCGCUCUGUCCUAUGGUAUGGAUAAAGCAGAAGAUAAAGUAAUUGCUGUAUACGAUCUUGGUGGUGGGACUUUUGAUAUCUCAAUUUUGGAGAUCCAGAAGGGUGUGUUUGAAGUAAAGUCGACUAAUGGCGAUACUUUUUUGGGCGGAGAAGAUUUCGAUAACACGCUUGUCAAUCAUUUAGUUACUGAGUUUCGCAAGGAGUCAGGCAUUGACCUAAAAAAAGAUCCUAUGGCAAUGCAGAGGUUGCGAGAAGCUGCGGAAAAAGCCAAAUGCGAACUUUCCUCAACUUCCCAGACAGAUAUAAAUUUACCUUACAUUACAAUGGAUGCUUCUGGUCCGAAACACUUGAAUGUGAAAUUGACCCGGGCGAAGUUUGAACAGCUGGUAGCUGAUCUUAUUAAGCGAACAAUUGAACCUUGUCGUAAAGCAAUGCACGAUGCUGAAGUGAAGCCUUCAGAAAUAGGUGAAAUUCUUCUUGUUGGUGGAAUGACGCGCAUGCCGAAGGUACAACAAACUGUCCAAGAAACUUUUGGAAAACAGCCCUCAAAAGCAGUUAAUCCUGACGAAGCUGUUGCUAUUGGUGCUGCUAUUCAAGGUGCGGUACUCGCAGGAGACGUUACUGACGUUCUUCUUCUUGAUGUCACACCUCUUUCGCUUGGGAUCGAAACUUUGGGUGGUGUUAUGACGAAGUUGAUUACGCGGAAUACUACGAUUCCCACCAAGAAGAGUCAGGUAUUCUCAACAGCUGCAGAUGGUCAGACACAAGUGGAGAUUAAAGUCUAUCAGGGUGAGCGUGAAAUGGCAGCCAACAAUAAGCUUCUAGGACAAUUUUCUCUGGUUGGUAUUCCUCCAGCACCGCGUGGUGUUCCUCAGAUUGAAGUUACAUUUGAUAUUGAUGCAAACGGUAUUGUAAACGUCAGUGCACGUGACCGAGGCACAGGAAAAGAGCAGCAAAUUGUCAUUCGGUCUUCUGGUGGUCUUUCUAAGGACCAGAUCGAGAACAUGGUAAAGGAGGCUGAGAAGCAUGCUGCUGCUGAUGCUGAAAGGAAGGAAAAGGUUGAAGUCGUCAACCAAGCCGAGAGUAUCAUACAUGACACAGACUCGAAGAUGACGGAGUUCCAAGACCAGCUUCCAUCUGAAGAGGCUGCUGCCCUUCGCAAGAAGAUUGAGGAGGUUAAGGCACUGUUGGCGAAGAAGGAUACUGAAACGGUGGCAACUUUAAGGGAAGCUAUUAGUUCUUUGCAACAACAGUCUUUGAAGUUGUUUGAAGCUGCAUAUAAGAAAAUGGCUGAAAAAAAUCAAGGAGGGGCGCAGGAAGCGAAAACAGCUGAAGAGCCAAAAAGUGAAAGCAAGUGA